GGGAGGGCUUUGAGAAACUGGGAACAUGGCGGCUGUCUUGGAAAAUGAAUUGGAUGUAGACAACGAAGAUUAUUAUUCUAUGCUCAAUGUCAGCAAAGAGGCCACUCAAGAAGAGCUAAAGUCCUCCUAUAGGCGACUGUGCAUGCUGUACCACCCUGACAAGCACAGAGAUCCUGAGUUAAAGAAGCAGGCAGAACAUCUCUUCACUUAUGUACAUCAGGCAUAUGAGGUUCUCAGUGACCCACAGUCCCGAGCCAUAUAUGACAUAUUUGGAAAGAAAGGCCUGGAGGUGGAAGGCUGGGAGGUGGUGGAAAGGAAGAGAACCCCUGCAGAGAUCAGAGAGGAAUACGAGCGUUUGCAAAGGGAGAGAGAUGAGAGGAGACUUCAGCAGAGAACAAACCCUAAGGGCACAAUAAGUGUGGGUAUAGAUGCAACAGACCUCUUUGACAGAUAUGAGGAGGACUUCGAGGAUGUACCAGGAGGAGGUUUCCCCCACAUUGAGAUCAACAGGAUGCACAUUUCCCAGUCCAUUGAGGCACCACUAACCAAUUCAGAUACUGCUGUGCUGUCCGGCUCUUUGUCCACGCAUAAUGGCAAUGGGGGAGGAAAUAUAAAUCUGUGUGUGCGACGCGUGACUUCAGCAAGGGGCUGGGGCGAGAUGGAGUUUGGUGCAGGAGACAUUAGAGGCCCACUCUUUGGGAUGAAAGUAUUCCGUAACGUAACUGCACGCUGCUUUGUAACUGCCCAAUGGGGAUUGCAGUUCUCCUCACGUGGUGUGCGUCCCAGUGCCACUGCCAUGAUGGCUCGGAACCUGGACCAGAACACUAUGGGCUACCUGCAGUGGCGCUGGGGAAGUCAGUCCGCCAUGACCACCAGUAUCGUCAGGGACACCAAAACCAGUCACUUCACCAUAGCCAUGCAGCUGGGCGUCCCUCAUUCUUACCUGAUGAUGAGCUAUCAGUACAAAUUCCAGGAUGAAGACCAGACCAAGGUCAAAGGUUCUAUCAAGACUGGGUUCUUCGGCACUGUGGUUGAGUACGGUGCUGAACGUAAGAUCAGUUGCCACAGCGUUCUGGCUGCCACUGUUAGCAUUGGUGUACCCCAAGGAGUCUCCCUUAAAAUCAGGUUGAACCGAGCCAGUCAAACCUACCUCUUCCCUAUUCACCUGACCGACCAGAUUUUACCUAGCGCUGUGUUUUAUGCCACUGUGGGCCCACUGGCCGUCUAUUUAGCUGUCCAGAAACUUAUUAUUAUGCCUUAUGUACGAGCCCAGAAGGAACAGGAGUUAGAGAAACAGAAGGAAGAUUCUGCCUCGGAUAUUGCUCGAAGGAAGCAAGAGGCUGAAGCUUCUGUGUUGCUGAUGCAAGAGGCAGUGAAGAGAAUUAUCGACGCAGAGGAAUCUAAAAUGGGUCUUCUCAUUCUAAACGCCUGGUAUGGCAAGUUUGUGACGGACAACAGUCAGAAGCGCGACAGAGCAAAGGUCAUCGAUGUGACCAUCCCAAUCCAAUGCUUAGUGAAAGACUCAAAACUCAUCCUUACCGAGGCAUCAAAGGCUGGUUUGCCAGGGUUUUAUGACCCAUGUGUCGGAGAGGAAAAGAGUCUAAAGCUUCUCUAUCAGUUCAGAGGAGCGAUGCACCAAGUCCUGUCUGGAGACACAGAGCCUCUUAGGAUACCUAAACAAUCUCAUAGAAUAAAUUCAGAGACAUAGGAUUCUCCGACACAGCACAAGAUGAAGUCAAUGGACAUCCAGAGAUAGACAGAACAAGUAAAGGGACAGUCAGACUUCAAGUGAUGCAAAGGGCUUCUCCUUUUGUUUUUAUGUUGUCACCUGUGUUUUGUUUGUCUGGUUAUCUGAAAUCCCUUUGCAUAUCUCAUAUCAAACAUGGUCCUUUGAAGUUGUUAGUGAGACUUCCAAUAGUUGCGAGUCUUCCUGUAUUUUCUGUGAUAUCAGGAGAAGGUCAGAUGUCAUAUCACUCCAUCCGUCUAUCCCAAUCAGUGUUAAUCCUACAUGCAUAUACAUACAGUAUAUUAGACCUGAUGAUAUAAAAGGAAAACAAUGCUGGUAAAUGCUCCUCAAACAAAACCGUGCUUGACAACAGCUCCAGUCUGGUUCAAACCAUAAUGGAACACAGUACAACCUGUGCUUUUAAUAGCUAUUGAUCUAAAAAUGUUUUUGAUUGAUACGUGUAUAUGGUUGUUUUUGCUUCUUUGUAUACUGGGUUGAAGAACGGCACAUCGUUCUCACAUUGUAACUAAUAUUCAACAACACUAAACUAAACUAUUUGUUAUAGAGCAAUCUGUUCCGACUAGAGGACCAUAAUCUCAUUCUUUCCCUGAUAUGUGUGACAAAAAAAAUAAAAAAGAGUUUACGCUGUAGUCAAGCCAUAUCAAAGAUACAUCGGAUACUGUCCCACUGGUCAGUUGUUUUUACUCGUUUGUUGUCAGAAUUUAAAUGUAAAAUAUAUAAUUAACUGAAAGGAAUCAUGGAUUCCACAUCCACUGAAUGGGAAAAACUGGAAGCCUGUUGUUUUUAGUUGUUCUGUACAUUUUCCUUGAACAUUUCUGUUGCUCAGUUCAUGUGAAAUAUCAGCAGCAUUGCAGAGAUUGAUCUAGAGUUAAAAAGCUUAAAUGCCUUUUAGAUAAUUUCUUGGUUCGUGUACCAUUUAUUGAUAUUUGAAUGAGGUUUAACCAAAAGUGAUGUAAGUGUAGGGCAGUUCAGUGUUCAGAACAAUUAACAUUUAUUUAAACAUCAGUUAUUUCAAAUGGUCUUUUUGUUUUUUGUAGUAACCCACUGAAAUAUUCAUUUAUUUGUUGUGUCAUUUAAUUGUGCCAUGCCCUCUUUUGUCCCAUAUUUAUAUUUUAUUUCAUUGUCAUUGCGAAUAUUAUUUGCAUGAUCUGUAAUAUAUGUGUUUAUUUGUAACGGUCUUUAAAGUUGUACAGUACCCUCAUUCUCGCAAUGGGAUUUAAAGGAAUGUUCCGGGUUGAAUACAAGUUGAGCUCAAUAGCCAGCAUUUGUGGCAUCAUUUUGAUUACCACAAAAAUGUAUUUAGACUCGUUUCUCCUUACAAUUGUAAAAACACUUAUAAUGGAAGCCAAUUUUGUAACAUUUAAAUUCUCACUAUUUCAAAGAUAUACCCACAAGACAAAGGAUAUGAGUGUAAACAUAAUUUUAGUGUGAUAAAAUCACUUACUAAUCAUUUCGGUGUGUUAUAGCCAAUUUUACAACUUUGUUACCAUGACGAUGUAAUGUCAACAAACCCUAAAAAACGAAAAUACAAUUUACAGCUCACGUAAUACACUUUAUUUACUCACAUGUUAAAACUUACAGAAGGAUUAAUGCAAGUGUUUUUAUAAGCUUCACAUUUAUGUUUUUAAACCAUCCAAAAUUUAGCUACAUUCACUUUUAUUGUCCCCAUUCACUUCCAUUGUGUCUCACUGUAACCCAGAUUUUUGCUUCUUUUAAAGAAAAGGAGGAACGAGUCCAAAUUACUUUUUGUGGUAAUCAUCAUUAUGCCACAAAUGCUGUCGAUUUAUCUUAACUUGUAUUGAACCUGGAACAUUCCUUUGAGCAAAACAUUUUUCAAUAGCAAGGAAAAUUCAAUUUCGCCUCAUCCACUUUAGAACAGUGUGUUCCUCCACUGAAAAUGACAACUUUUGAAAACGCUCUCCAUUAACCCCAUCAUUUGGAAAUCAAUGACAUUAAGAAAGUGAAAACACAUUAAUUUCGCUUCAUUUACACCUCAUAUCCACAAAAAUGCAUUACUGUGACUUUGCCACGUUUAUACUCUCAGCUACACUUGAACGGCAUUUUUCUUCGCCCAAAGCAGCGACUCUAAAAAAAUAAAAAAUAAAAAAAAAAGUUCUCGAUUACCGCAUACUUCGGAAAACAGAGAUGUUAGGAAAUUGAAAACAUUCAUUUUGUAACAUUUACAUUAGGGAUUUGAAAAUGCAUUAACGUAAUGUUGCCAUGUUUAUGCCUCUCAUCCACACUAGAAUGGCAUUUUCCUCAAUCAAAACCAGCGACUUUUCUAAACGCUAUCCAUUACAUCAUAACUCAGAAAUGAUGAUGAUGACAAUGACAUAAGGAAAUGAAUUAUUCUUAAAUGGCUCUUUUACUAGGUCAUGACAUCAUUUUGACUCUUAAAAUUCUCUGGUUUGUCAUCCAGUUGUUAUUCAUCUUGCAUGUCUCCUGAUGUUUUUAAUAUAGGUCAUGUUCAUGUAAAUGGUUUGUUUAAACCAGAUUUUGCAACUCUUAUCUGAUGCUAAACCUUACAAAUGUAUUGAAGUAUGUUGUCAACCAGAAAAGUAAUUUAAACAAUAAAAA